CUUCACCAUUCUCUUUCUCAGUUUCCUGGGCACAUAUCUCGACACCAGCAAAUCACGCACCGUGAAGUCGACAGCCGAAACUCAAUAACGACCGGACACCAUCUGGGUCAAUCAAAAUGGCUGGAACGUGCUCGAUGCUUUGCCUGAUCCUCGUCACACUGUUCAUCCCUCCACUUGGCGUUUUCCUCAUCUCCGGCUGCAGCGCUGAUUUCUUCAUUAAUAUUCUGUUGACGAUCCUUGGGUAUCUCCCGGGCCAUAUCCACGCCUUCUAUCUUGAAUAUGUAUAUUACAGGCAACGCGAUGGGGCAACAGGACGCGCACCUGGCGUAUACUCCGAGCGAAUCCAGCGUGGUGGUCACCAUGGAACAACCUAUGGCACCAUUCACAAUUAAUCAGUUGGAGCUGCAGUUACGACUUACGAGGGAUGCGGUACACUUGUUUCAUUAAGCCUAUGCCUGAUAAUCCUGGCCUACUUAUUCUUUCGUUAUUCUUUGCGUAAAAAGCACGCCUAGUUUCGGUUAGAUAUCAAUGACUGC